UCAGUAUCACCUCGGACGCUGUUGAAUUUUCUUCAUUUCAUUGCUCACUCUCUAACAGACAACCAAUAACAAACGAUGGGAUCUCCUCUCCGAUUUCAUUUCAGGCCGGCCAAUAAUAUAAUCGCUCAUUGAUUGAAGAUCACUCAUCGCCAUACCAGUCAUCUCCGAAUUGAAGCUCAGUGGAGAAAUAUAAUGGACGCCAUUAUUUCUUCUUCCUUCAGUUCUUGUUUUCUCACCCACUCAAACAGGAACGGGUAUGGACGAGGAAUUAGGUGCGUAAAACCCAAAUUGAAUUGCAGAGUUUCAUGUGAAAAGAAAAAAAUAGAUUUCAACGACCCGGAAUGGAAGAAGAGGUACCAGGAUGAGUUUGAAGAGAGAUUCAGUUUGCCGCAUUUGAAAGACACGUUUGAUGCAACGCCAAGGCCCACCACAUUCUCCUUAAGCAACAGAGGUGUUCAUCAGAGCCGACAUGGCAUCGAUGUGUUUGAUGAACAGAAGCAUAGUUACGUGGAUGAUGCAGACAGAGCGCUGUUAAAGGUGAUUAAGUAUGCUUCCCCCACUUCUGCUGGGGCUGAAGGGGUUGAUCCUGACUGUAGUUGGUUGGAGCUAUGGGUGCCUCGGGCAGGGCCGCGCAGGCACAUAUACUUUGAACCUGAUGAAGUGAAAGCUGCAAUUGUUUCUUGUGGGGGUCUCUGCCCUGGUCUCAAUGAUGUUAUCAGACAGAUUGUUUUCACUCUUGAGAUCUAUGGAGCCAAGAAAAUUGUCGGGAUACAAUACGGCUACAGAGGGUUUUUCCAAGAUGGUCUUCCUGAAGUACAGCUUUCGCGAAAGGUUGUCCAGAAUAUAAACCUUUCUGGAGGAAGUUUGCUGGGAGUUUCUCGUGGAGGGGCUCAGAUCAAUAGGAUUGUAGACAGUAUACAGGCAAGGGGAAUUAAUAUGGUGUUUGUGCUUGGUGGCGACGGCACUCAUGCAGGAGCAAAUGCCAUGCAUGAAGAAUGUCGUAGGAGGAAGAUGAAGGUGUCUGUUGUGUGUGUACCAAAGACAAUAGACAAUGAUAUACUGCUGAUAGAUAAGACCUUUGGGUUUGAUACUGCUGUUGAAGAGGCUCUCAGAGUUGUUAACUCAGCAUACAUUGAGGCUCACAGUGCAUAUCAUGGCAUUGGAGUGGUCAAGUUGAUGGGAAGAAGCAGUGGAUUCAUAGCAAUGCAUGCAUCUCUAGCAAGUGGACAAAUUGAUGUCUGCCUCAUCCCCGAGGUGCCUUUCAAGCUGGAUGGAGAAAAUGGUGUGCUAAAGCAUUUAGAAUACCUUAUAGAGACCAAAGGAUCAGCUGUGGUAUGUGUAGCCGAAGGAGCUGGACAAGAUUUGAUGGAAAAGUCGAACUUAAAAGAUGCAUCUGGGAAUCCAGUUCUUUCAGAUAUUGGUGUCCAUAUCCAACAACAGAUCAAGAAGCACUUCAAGAAGAUUGAGCAAAUGGUGGAUGUGAAGUACAUUGAUCCUACGUACAUUCUCCGGGGCUGUCGGGCAAGCGCCUCAGAUGCUAUAAUGUGCACUGUUCUAGGACAGAAUGCUGUGCAUGGUGCAUUUGCGGGAUUCAGUGGGAUAACAGUGGGCAUAUGCAACACGCAUUACAUUUACCUGCCAAUUCCAGAAGUGAUUGCUGCCUCGAGACAUGUCGAUCCAAACAGCAGAAUGUGGCACCGCUGUCUGACUUCCACUGGCCAGCCUGAUUUCAGCUAAC